AUGGCAGAAUUGACGUCUGGGGCUCUUGUUAGGUUUCUUCAAGAAAUGAAUAUUGGUGGGAACUCUUUAGCAGAUGAUAAGCCAGUGCUGUUACAGAUUAGAAGCAUAAUCCCUGUAUUAAGAGAAGGUGAUCUUUGGCCUAAUCAAGGUUUCUUUUUAAGAGUUUCAGAUUUAUCUCAUGCAAUAUAUGUCUCUUUGCCUCAAGAACAAGAUGACAUGGUUCUAUGUGACAAAUUGCAUAUUGGGCAGUUACUGUUUGUGGAGAAAUUGGAGGCUGCAUAUCCAGUUCCAUUGCUUAAAGGCAUUAGGACUCUUCCAGGUAGAUAUCCAUGCAAUGGGAGUCCUAAAGAUCUUAUUCCCAUGCAAAGUUUGGAAAAGUUUCUUGGUGUGUCUAAAUUGGAUUCUAUCAAUGAUGAGAAAAAGAAUCCAAUAGAAAAGCCUCAACCUUUAAGCAAUUCGAAAGGGAAAUUGAUCGAAGGGACAGGUAGAAUAGGGAGCAUGAGUUGUGUUUUUGAAGAUAAUAAUCAUAUGUUCAAAGAGAAACAAAGAGAGAAAUCUCUUUAUUUGAGUCCUUCAGGUGUAAGCUCAAAUGAGACAAGCUCAGAUGAGAAAACAGUUAGGACAGAAAGCCCGAGCAUGAAAAAAGAAGAAAAUGAUAAGAUCAUGGAGAAGCAAAUAGAAAACUCUCAUUCAGCAACUGCUUCCAAAGGAAGCUCGAGUGAUGGGACACGGAAGACGACAGAAAAAAGUUGCAAAGUGGAAGAAAGUAGAAGUAACGAGCAGACGAAAAAGAAGCAAACCGAAAAGUCUAAGUCCAAUGCAUGGAAUUCCUCAAGAGGAAGCAUGAAUGAGAGGUUAGGUAGAAGAGGCUCAAUUUACAAGCCUAGACAGAGUGAUGUGGAAAGUAACUUGAGUUACAAGCCUAAAAGGAGUGAAGCCGAAAGUUAUCACAAGGCGAUUCGAAGACAGAAGCCAAGAUACCCAAGGGAUAGUGAUAUGGAGAGCACAAUUUCAUCUGCCUCCACAUCAUUGAUGGUCAAAAGGAGAAGCUGGACCGUGAAGGAAGCUAAAAGAGUUGAAGAUUUUCUGGGCACUGCAGUCCUGAAGCAUGAAGUGAAGCCAGAUAGCAGCUAUCCUAGUAUUCCUAUUUCUCCAGUUCGUUUGUAUAGGAGCGAUAGCUCUGAUGACAAUGCAAGUUCUAUAACAAAAUGUACAGUCACUAGUAUAACUACAAAAUCAUCCAAAACUCCAAGCAAGAGUACAAAGCUAGAAUCACUUGUACACUAUUUUCUAUUACUCCUAUAUGUUAAAGUAUUUUGUGUAAAUGCUUUGCAGAAGGUGCAAAAACAAAGAGAAAUUGCAUUGCUUGCUGCUGUGGAGGCUUUACUAGAGGCUUCUGCUGCUGAGAAAUUGCUCAAAUGCCUAAGUAUUUACUCUGAGAUUCACUCAGUCAAGAAAGAAGAGCAGCAUCCAUCAGUUGACAAAUUUUUCAAUCUUCAAGAUGACUUGGUUCAGGCCAAAUUAAUUUCUCAAUCAACCACCAAUACAUUUCCUCUGAGAAGAUCUAAUUCUGAUCCAAUUGCCUCAUUUUCCGAUGGGGAAGAAUCAAAACUAGCAUUUGACAGAAAGCUAAAUGCAAUCACAUGGAUCAAAUCAGCAUUAGAAUCUGAUCUCAACCCAGUUUCUGAUAAUAUCAAAGCCACAAACAUUUCCAUGGAAAGUACCAGCACACCAAAAAUUUCAACUAAAACAAGCCCUGGAAAUCUUCGAGGAGGAACAUUGCUCUUCAAGAAGCAGACCAGCAAAACUGAAAUGCUUGAUCUAGAAAAUCAGCAAGAUUGGGUGAAGGGAAGUGCUUUGUCUGCAUCAUCAGAACUUGCAAGUUGUCUGAAUAAAGAAUGCAGAACAUGGUUUUUGAGUUAUGUUGAGGAUUAUUUAGAUUUAGUCAGCACCAAAACAAGUUCCAUACAAUCUGAUAGUCAACAGACAGCUGAGAUUAUGUACCAGGUAAAAAAAGUUAGUGAUUGGUUAGAUAUGAGAUGCAAAGAGAAUUCUAAUAUGGAGGAUUCUGAAUUAGAAGCUUGUGGGAGAGUGAGGAGCAAAAUAUAUGGGAUUCUCUUGAAACAUGUAGAGAGAACUUCCAUAUAUGCCAGAGCUGAAUCUUGAAGAAUUGGCAAUCACAGACUUAAAGGCGGACCGGCAAGGGCUACCACUUCCUUGAAAUUUUGAUUCUAAGUGGUAGUAGGUUGAAUAUGAAUGUGUUUUUUUAAAAACACUCAUAUUUAGCUUCCUAGAUUUUAUAAUAAAAAUUUAAAAGGUCGAUUUUACUUGUAAAAAAUUUAAAAGGUCGAUUUUAUUUGUCAAUGAUAUACUUUGAUCCUUAAAUAUAAAUGUUAUGUCGGUCAUUAAACACAAGUAUAUGAACUUGCAGUGAGCAAAGGAU